AUGGUUUCGCCUGAUGAGAAAUCUGAUGAGAAACCUUUUCUCCCACCACCAGCAACUUCGACAUCGGCUUAUUCUCAUCCAAAGCAAUACACUACUUUAGUUAUUUUCCUGGUUGUAGCGUUUUACUGGAUUGUAUCUUUAGCAGUUGUAUUCCUAAACAAAUUUAUUCUUAGCACUUCGGAAUAUAGAUUUCCAUACCCUUUAUUUGUAACAUGGUUUCAAUUGCUCAUAGCGCUAAUUGUCUUGUUGAUUUGGGGUACUUUGGGUCGAAA